GUCGUUUUAGUGAUCUCCGGGUGACUUUUUCAGGGCAAUGUGACGCUAUUGUUGUUAGCGAGUGAAGCUAAGCAGCCAGAGUUACGGAGUUGACGUCACGUGAUUUUUCGUUCCCAGGGGCAAUUUUUUGUCCAUGCUCAUCAUAAGACACUUUUUUUGGUAUACGAACAGUGAUCGAAUCAACGACCUGCCAGAGAUCCCGGGAUAUUGACUAGACAGUUUCAGUCCGCACCUCAUCCAGAGGAAGGAAAACAGGGAGAGGAGAAUGUCCGAUGAUGAAGCCGACCCUGAACUCCUAGCACUCCUACGCCAGUCACUGGGUCUGGGACCAGGGACGUCCACCGCUCCUCCCACCACGGGGGUCCUCAAGUCGGCAGAAUACAUCUACGACAAUGCCAUCGACGUGGCUAUAUCGUCAGAUGGCACCAGGGCCGCCGCGGAGACCAUAUGGGCGCUCAUGCAGGCGAAACAUUACUCGACCGAGACUUGGUCGUCGCACGAACUCCACCCAAAGACCAAGGACGAGGCCACCGUCAAUUUCAUCUUCACCAUGAACCUGCUGAACUUUUCCUUCUGGUCCGAAUUGCCUCAUGACGAACGCUUUGCCAUUGAAUACCGAGGUGAACGAUGGACAGGGUAUUGGUCGCUCGUGGCGGCUCUACAGCGAGCACUCGACGAAGGCUAUCCCAUCACCACACCUACAUUCUGGACGGAUCUUGGCUCCUGCCCGGACAGUGUGUUUGAACACGUCUUCCGUUCAGCUACGUCGGAAUCUAUCCCCCUGCUGUCUCAGCGCAUCUCCAUCCUUCGCGAGGCCGGCGACAUUUUAGAGGCCGACUUCUCCUCAUCCCCUCUCAACAUCAUCACCCGCGCCGAAAACUCAGCCUCACGCCUCGUCAACCUCCUGGCCACACACUUCCCGAACUUCCGCGACACCACGACCCUGGCCGGCCGCGAGGUGCGUCUGUACAAGCGCGCUCAGAUAUUCGCCGCCGAUCUGUGGGCAUGCUUCAACGGCACGUCGUACGGUUCCUUCACCGACAUGGAUAACCUGACCAUGUUCGCCGACUAUCGUAUCCCUCAGAUGCUCCAGGGCUUACACUGCCUGUGGUACUCGCCUCGAUUGGAAUCGCGGAUCGCUCGACACGACCAAUUCAGCCCCGGCGAAGCCAUGGAAGUCGAGAUCCGCGGCUGCAGCAUCUGGUGCGUCGAGCUAUUGAGGCGCCAGAUCGAGCGCAAGCACCCCGAGGCCAAGGGCAAGCUCAACGCCGUCUUGAUCGAUUUCUUCUUGUACGAUACUUGCAAGGAAAUGGAGAAGAAAGGACAUUGUGAGGACAUGCUGCCUCAUCAUCGGACAAGGUCCAUUUAUUAUUGAUGAAUCACCCCGCUCUUUUGUUGUCGUCCUACUAUAUACCUACCUACAUGUGUGUUUAGAUCUCGACUUGCUGCAAAGCAACAACAUAAUGGGAAAUAAAGGAAGGGUGGUCGGAGGUUUUAGGUUUUGUUUUGAUUGAUUAGACGAAAUCUAGAGAAGAGAAAGACGGCCCUGGCUGCAGGCGUUUUGUUUGAUUAUUCUCAAAGGAAAGAAAAAGUGGCCAGAGCAGAACAGAAGCAUGCUUUCUUGCUUCGAUAUGCAAUAGUCUAUGUACAAAAGCCCUGACAAUAUGAAGCUAUGCUUGUUUUUUG